AUGGGUGCGGCCGAGUGGGUGUGCGGGGCCGUGCGGCAGCUCCAGCAGCGCCUUGGUUCCAGCACAGACGCGGAUGAGCUCCGCCGCUCCUUGAGGCUGCUCUCCCGCCUGCCCAUGACGCCGGAGAUCCUGGCGGCCACGGGUGUCAGGGGGACGCUGGAGGCCUUGAGCAAGCACCAGCAGGUGGGCAGUGUGGCCAAGGAGCUGGCCGAGCGCUGGGAGAUCUUGGCUGUGCCGAGCAACGCGUCAGAGGCUCGCAGCCAGGUCCCGGAGCGGGCGGUAGCUCCGGAGCCCACGGGGGAGGAUCUGGGGCAGGGGGAGAGGAACGGGGCGCAGGAGCGGGAGAUGGGGAAGGCAUCCACCGCGGAUCAGUGCUGUCCCAGUGGGGCAAGGGACCCACUGCAGGCGGGAAGCCAGGAGCGCCUGGCCUCCAGCACCGAAGGGGACGCACUGCGCAAGAUCCUGAGGCUGCUGUCCGUCCUGCCCAUCACGGCGGAGAUCCUGGCCGCCACGGGAAGCAGGGCCGAGGAGCCUCGGGGCCCAGGAUACCAGGCAGCGGAGGGGGCUUGGGGAGCCGCGCGGCAGCUCCAGGAGCGCCUGGCCCGUAGCACGGACACGGAGGAGAUCCGGAAGACCUUGAGGCUGCUCUCCGUCCUGCCCUUCAUGCCGGAGAUCCUGGAGUCGGAGUGGGCUGAGUGGGAAGAGCUGAUGAAGGAGGCAGGGGUGGUUCUGGAAUCCCCAGAGAGGGUCCCGACGAGUAGCGAGGUCAAGGGAGACCAGGCGGGCAAGCUGGUUCUUGUUGAAGCUCCUGAUCCCGCCCGAGAGGAGCCAACGGUGCCCCCCGAGGGCGAACCACCGGAUUUCCCCGGGGGGCCAGUCGAUGCCGCCGGUGGUGCCCGGACACCCCGCGUUCUGUUCGAGCUCGUGCCCGAGCCUCGUCCCGCAGCUCAGCACCCCAGUCCCGGCAACGGUCACAGCAGGACCAUGGCACCCGGCGGCACAGACAGGCUGUGGCAAGUCCGCUGCAGAAAGGAGUUUAAGGAGGCCACCCCCGCCCCGGGCGAGUCCUGGCAGGAGCUUUUCGUGCGGCUGCACCAGGAGCAGGAGCAGCGUCUGCAGGCCGUGAGCGCCAGGAUCCGGGCUGCCCAGGCCCAGGAGAGCGGGGGACGCAGGGCACAGAUGCUCCUGCACCCGCUUCCCCAGAAGCGCCCUCGCCGCGGUGCCCAACCCCGGGCCUGCAGCACAGGGCCAGCCCCGCACCAAGGAGGCGCCCAGCAAGGAAACCGAGCUGGGGGAGGAGGAAGACUGGGUGCCUUGGCGGCUGGGGCUGCGGGUGCUGGCGGAGCUGCUGGAGGUGGGGACGGAAGGUUUCAUCCCCAAAGCCAGACAGCAGCCUGCGCCCCCUCCGGCCCCACAAUGGCGGCCCUCAGGCCCGUGGUCAGCACCGGAAAGCCCCCUGCUAAGAGAACUGCCCGGCUCAUGGCCAACACCCUCCGCGAUUACCUGAGAUGCAAGAGCAGGGUCCCGGGGCGGUGA